UUUAUAACGCGUACGGUGAGAGAGUCCUUGUCGGGAAACUCACCGGAGACUUCUCAUUUACCGACUGAGCACAUUAACGCUGCCGACUUUGUGCUUUGUGGCCGACCCAGACGAGCUAUUGAACUCAUCUAUUUGUGAUCUCCGACGACGAACAGCUGAUUUAUGUGAACACGUUACGUAAUGAACGUGACAGUGACUGAGUGACUUCUCGCAGAUCGAGAACAAGCUAGCCUCGCUAGCUAGCUCCGUGGGCUAAGUCAAACAUUUGUGGGUCUCUCCGCUCGACCUCAGUGGGCUGUGUAACCCGACAGCUCGGAUACCUCCUCUGCGUUUUCUUUUUGUUGUAUUUAACACGUUUAUUGUCAGUGAAAUGGCUUUGGUAGCGGCGUUAAGAAGAUUAGCUCACGUUAAGUUACGAGAUUAUUCGCCGAGGAUGGCGGCAGUCACUUCCAGUGUCUGGCUGACGGGUCAGAGGAGCUUUACCUCCCGCACACAGUGUCUGAGGUCAGACAAUAAGGUGACGGUCAACUUCAUCAACAGAGAUGGGGAGAAGAUCACAGUGAAGGGGUCGCCUGGAGACUCACUGCUAGAUAUAGUCAUUAACGAGGACCUCGACUUUGAUGGCUUUGGAGCGUGCGAGGGAACCCUGGCGUGCUCCACGUGCCAUCUGAUCUUUGACGAGGACGUGUACAAGAAUCUGGGGCCAGUCACAGAUGAGGAGAUGGACAUGUUAGACUUAGCCUACGGCUUGACUGACACAUCUCGUCUUGGUUGCCAGAUCUGUCUGACCAAGUCUAUGGAGGGCAUGGUUGCCAGGGUUCCAGAGAGCGUAGCGGACAUCCGACAAAGCAAAGACGGAUCGUCUUAACCGGGAACCAGCGGGUGCAGACAGUGUGGUUGUGCCCGGUCAGAACUGAAGGUACAACAUGUGCCUGCGAUGGUAGGUGUAACUCUGUCAGCACUGCUGUCUGCACGGCCGUUUCCUCCUUUUUAAAACAAACGACUUCCAAGUGACAGACAACCAGAACCAGCUGUCAAUACCAGGACGUAAGAAUACAGGACUUUGACUCUCAAAUCAAGACAAAAUCAUUUUAUUUUAAAGUAAACUCCACUAGGCAAGAUAUUUGAGUAAAACUGUAACAGGACAGUAAUGACUCCUCACACUAAGCUCUCUAAUGGUUAACGAUGAGAUAUAAACUGCCUGUUAAUCCGCCCUGAUUUAAGGUAACUAUGACUGAAUUGACACGGACGCUUGUAUAAAGAGCAGAUUUGUGCCUGUGCAGGAUACUUUUUUAUUUGAACUCAGGCUGCAAAUCUGGUCCGAAUACAUCUGACCUUUUUCCUCCUGUGUGAAUCCAGUCAUAUUCACUGAACACAGCUGAUAGCAGCCUGUGACUGAAAUGUAACGAACAGUUCUCAACGCCUUCAACGUUGUGCUGAUGCUAAACCCCCCCCCCAACAUAUUAUAUUUUAUUCUACAUAUAUGUAUAACUCUACUAUUGUUAGUUUGAUUGAAUCCUUCAUGUAACCAUAUACUUCCAUCAUGUGAUUGUACAUAGCUAGAGCACACACAUAUAUAUCUGUAUCGAGGGAUGAAGAAUGUAAUAAAAAAAAAAUCACCUUUCUAA